AUGUCGGCCCAACAGAAACGCGAGAAAGCCCUCCUGGACGCGAAAAUCGCCGAAGUCCGCGAAGUGGUGCGCCACGCCAGCAACACCGAGAUCAUCCUCGCCCUUCACAACUUUGACAUGGACGUGAACCGCACCAUCAACGCUUUCACCGAGGGUAAGCUCGAUUUUUUUUAUUUUUUGUAUUGUCCAUCAUGGAUAAUAUAAAUUGUUGAAAGUUUAGGCAAAGACGCUGCUCUUGGAGACUGGGAAACCAACGGUACUGGCGGAAAGAAGAAGAAGAACAAGAAGAAGCCAUCGACCGGCACCGCACCGACUGCUCCGGUAUCGAAGCCAACUCCAGCACCAGCAAAACCCACCACUUCGGAGCCACCCAAGCCCAAAGUUGAUGCCGCCAAGUUGAAUGAGACCGUCCAGACCUUCAAGAGCUUGGAUGACUCGGCCAGAACCGAAGAAGUCGCCAGAUUGGCCAAGGAUUUGGAUCAAACCGUCCAAAAAUUGCAAAGAACCUUGAUCCAGGCGGAGGAGAAGAAGGCCGCCGCGAUCCAAGCCAUCCUCACCGCCGUCCAACAACGUGACCUCCAAUUGAACGCUGAAUUGGCCGCCGUCAGAGCCGAAGUGGACCGACAAACUCAGAAACAAAGGAGUUUGUUGGAGAAGAUCCAAAAGUCCGCUCAAAACGGAGACAUCGCCAAGUUCACGGCCGGCAACGCCUCCCUAGAACAGAUUCUCAACUCCCCCUACACCUUUGAUGAGAACCCACCACUUCGAAGCAUCGGAAAAUUUGGCUCCGGUAAGAUUUUUUUUCUUUUUGCUUUUGGUGAUUUUAGGUAGAAAGAGUGAUGGCAGAACCUCUAAAUCAAUGUUUUUUAGUCUAUCAAACUGGAAGUGUACCGGUCCCGCCAGUUCAGCCAACUACCAAACAGCCGCAAGCUAAUGGACAGCCAAAACCCGCCGAGAAUAAGGUGGAGAAGAAACAGAAUGGAGUCGCGAAGGCCAAUGGAGUUGAGAAAAUCUCAACUAGCCAGUCUAGUCUGGUCAGCUCGGAGGACUCGGGAUUGGGUCAGGUCAGCCCUGGAGCUCAACAAGGUAAAUUUUGAAAGGUCAAGUGUAAUAUAAAAAAUGGUUGGAAUUGUAAAAAAAAGGGUGGUAAUACAGUUGGAAGGAGCGUAAAAAUGGUUGGGAUCAUUUUUGCGGAGGGGUUGGGGAUUUUUUUUUUGUUAUUUUUGAUCUAGUGUAAUAUAAAAAAGUGGUUGGAAUUGCGGAAAAAAGGGUGCUAAUAGAAUGGGAAUGGCUUGAAAAGUAGCUGGUACAUUUUUUGCAGGGGUUUAGGGAGUUUUUCUUGAUAUUUUUGAUGUAAAUGAUGUCUAGUGUAAUAUAAAAAAGUAGUUGAAAUUGUGGAAAAAGGUUGCUAAUAGAGUGGAAAUGACUUAAAAAAUAGCUGGGGCUUUUUUGCGGGGCUUUAUGGUCUUUUUUUUUGACAUUUUUAAUGUAAGGGAUGUCUAGUGUAAUAUAAAAAGUGGUUGGAAAUUGUGGAAAAAGGUUGCUAAUGGAGUGGAAAGAGGCUUAAAAAAUUGUUGGAACAUUUUUUGCUGGGUUUUAGGGGUUUGUUUUGAUAUUUUUAAUAUAAGGGAUGUCUAGUGUAAUAUAAAAAGUGGUUGGAAAUUCUGUGGAGAGGCUGCGAAUGGACUUGAAAAGGCCUUAGAAGCUUUUUUAAGGUCAUUAAAAUUGAUUUUGAUCACUUUGAAGAUGAUUUUUUGUCAUGGAUAAUAUACGGAGAUUUUGGAAAGUGGUAAAACUUGCGGUUUUUUGGUUUUUAGAGAACAUAGAAGGGUCUUAUUUGAUGUUAGAAUUGUUUUUGAGAGGUUUGAAAUUAAUUUUCCCCCUUUUUUCAGAGAAAGUUCGAACCCAAGCCGGCGGAAUUGUAAUGGAAGCCGAAGGAAUCUCCCUGGACGCCCUGGCUGACAUUCAACGCGUCCUGGCCGAACAAUUGAAAGCUCAAGGCAUCGAUGAGAGCAUCCUGAGCGGGCUCAGCGGCCUCGGCGGCACCAAUGUGGUCGCUCCGCGCCGUCGCCAGCCCAAAAAAGACGCCCCCAAGGACAAAAAGAACGGCAGCAAGGUCGGCGCCCACAGCUAA